CAAAAUGAUGAAAUUACCAUUUAUUUAUUAUUAUGUGAGAGAUUCGCACACCCCCAAUAAACUAAACAUAUUUAGUAGAAGCCUUCACGUUUCCAUCCUCUUGCUUUUUACAGUCCAUAUGUCCUUCUCACACAGUAGCUUACUGUCUGCAAUAAAUAAAAUUAUAUACAAGAUGACCCAAUAGUCAAUCAUACAACAAAUCCUACCGUUGAAAUUCAAGACAGAGAACCAAAUGGGGUGAUUUUCGCUCAAGGGGUGAACAAGGGUUUGUGUCUGCAGAUCAGAUUCAAGAACCCCAUUUUAUUUCAAGAUUUCUUUUUCUUUUUUGUACCAAGAGUAAGAGUUGAGGAGCUAAAUCACCUUUCUUUUUGAAAAAAAAGUAAAAAGAAAUAUAUAUAUAUUCUGGGGUUGAUCUACUUUCUGAGAUUUCCAAGAUCCAAAUGAGUAUGUUAAAUUCAGAAUCAAGGCGAUUGUAUUCUUGGUGGUGGGACAGCCACAUUAGCCCCAAAAAUUCAAAAUGGCUUCAAGAGAAUCUGACAGAUAUGGAUACCAAAGUCAAAUCUAUGAUCAAACUCAUUGAAGAAGAUGCUGAUUCUUUUGCCAGAAGAGCUGAAAUGUACUACAAGAAACGCCCCGAGCUCAUGAAAUUGGUUGAGGAAUUCUAUCGAGCAUAUCGUGCGUUAGCCGAACGAUAUGAUUAUGCAACUAGUGAGCUUCGCCAUGCUCAAAAAACAUUACAAGCAGCUUUCCCAGAUCAAGAACCGUUCACAUUUCCGGAAGGUUCAUCGUCUUCAAUCGAUCCUAAUGAUCAAAAGAAUGAUUCUUUCGAUUUACAACUGUUUCUAGAAGGAAACUUGCAGAAAACCAAUGAGAAAGAUAAACUUGAAAUCGAGAAAUUAAAGAAGGCGGUGGCUGAUUUGAUUGCUGAAAAGGAUGAACUUUUUGUUCAGUAUCAAUGUAGUUUGGAGAAAUUGUCGAAUACGGAUGAAGAACUUAAUCAUGCGGUGGAAAAAUCGAGAAUUCUUGAAGAAAAAGCGAGUGAAGCGGAGAAAGAAGUUCAUAUGUUGAAGGAAACGCUUCAUUUAUUGCAGGCUGAAAAGGAAUCUGGAUUAGAAAAACAAAUGGAAUAUCUUGAAACGAUAUCUGAUCUGGAGGAAAAGAUAAACGGAAUGGAUACACGGGCAGCCGAAUCGGAAGCAGAAAGUCGGGAUUUGAUGGAUAAGCUCACGAGGUUAGAAUCUGAAAAUGAUGCGGGUCUUUUGAGAUACGGGAAAUGUUUGGAGAAGAUAUCCGUUUUGGAGAAAAAGAUUAUGGAAACCGAAGAAAAAGCCAAAAUGUUUUCUGAGUUAAAAGUUAAAGCCGAAAUGGAAGUUGAAAAGCUUAAAAACACGCUUUUGGAAUUAACCGAAGAAAAAGAAGCGUUACGGGUUUUAUACUCGGAAUGCCUUGAGAAAUCAUACAAGUUAGAAUUUGAUCUUUCUUCUGCUCAAUCAGACGUUCAACGCCUCACGAGCGAGAUUAUAAGUAGUACAGAAAAACUUAAACACGUCGAAGAGAUUUGUGUUCGUCUGGAGAAAUCAAACGAAUCUUUAAAGAUGGAGGCGGGUGAUUUAGCUAAGAAAAUCAUGUUAAAAGAUCGAGAAUUAUCCGAUAAGCAUGAUGAAUUAGAGAAGCUUCAAAGCUAUGCGAAAGAUGAGCACACGCAUUAUGUUCAAGUCGAAGCAACUCUCGAGACCUUGAAAAUGUUAUACACUCGAUCUCAAGAAGAACAGAGGAAUCUCGCAAUGGAGCUUAAAAAGGGGCUACAGAUGGUGAAAGAUUUGGAGAUUUGCAAAUCGGGUUUAGAAGAAGAAAUGAAACAAGUUAAAAACGAUAACGAAAACUUGAAGAAAUCGGAAGUCGAGUUCAUGGGGUUGAAGCAAAUGAAGGAAAAACUUGAAGAGGAAGUAGCAUUGCAGUUGGGUCAAUCCACAGCUAUGCAGAAAGAAAUCAGUAAUCUGAAAGAUGAAAUUACCGAGUUGAAUAUGAGUUACAACUCAUUAAUGAGUCAACUCGAGCUGGUUGGAUUGGAUCCCGAAUCAUUAGGGUCAUCAGUUAAGUGUUUGCAGGAUGAAAACUCGAGGUUGAAACAGAUCUGUGAGAAAAAUAGUGAGCAUGAAGAAAAGAUAAAAACUGUUAUCGAGAAGAAUAACGAACUCGAGAGUUCCUGCGAGUCGCUUCAUGUUGAAAAAUCGGCUCUUGUACUUGAGAAAAGUGUUCUUUUGUCUCAGUUACAUGUUAUAACGGUUAACAUGCAGAAACUCGUGGAUCAAAACACGCUUCUUGAGGAUUCUCUUUCGACCGCAAACACCGAACUUGAAGAUCUCCGAGAAAAAUCAAAGGGUUUGGAAGAGGUUUGUGAGUUGCUCAACAUCGAGAAGUCUAAUCUUGUUGUAGAAAGAAGCAUGCUGGCUUCUCAAUUGGAAAACGUGCAGAAAAGAUUAGAAAUUCUCGAGGAUCGGUUUAUCCAAUUUGAAGAAAAAUACGGCGUUCUCGAGAAGGAAAAAGAGUCGGGAAACUCUCAAAUGCUAGAACUCAUAUCGUCGUUAAGUGUCGAGAAAGAAGAACGAGAGAAUCUCAUGAUUACAAACCAGAAACGGUUAAACGAUUUGGAGAAUCAUAUUCGGGAAUUUCACGAGGAGAGCAAGUUGAAGAAAGAAGAAGUUCAGGAAGAACUUGAUAAAGCUGUGAUUGCUCAGUUUGAAAACUUCAUCUUACACAAGUUUGUCAAAGAAGUUGAAGAAAAGAACUACGCGUUGUCGGUUGAAAACGAGAAACACGUAUCGGCUUCCAAAUUGGCAGAUAAAUUGAUUUCCGAGCUCGAGACUGAAAUUCUUGAGCAACAGGUUGAAGAAGAGCUCUUGUUAGUUGAAGUUGAAAACUUGAGACUCGGGAUUUAUCAGGUGUUUUUGUCUCUCGAAAUCGGUUCAAGUCAUGGGUUCGAAACCGGUAAGAUAUCGGUUGAAGAUAUCAUUGAAAACAUUAAGGAUUUGAAGCGGUCUUUACUAAAAGAGGAAGAUGAAAAGCAACGGGUAUUGAUUGAGAACGCCGUGAUCUUAACUGUCCUCGAAGAAAUCCAACUUGGGUAUCGGGAAUCAGAGUUGCACAAAACGGCCUUGAUGAACAGAUAUGAAACCGUAAAGGAUGAUUUCUUGAGGGUCAAGAAACAGAAUCUUGAUCUCAUUGAAGUGAAUGGGAAUCUUGGAUUGGAAUUGGAUAUGUUACACGAAGAACUCGAAGAACGGAAAAAUAUCGAACAGAAUUUGACUUCCGAGCUUCAAGAAAGAGAGAAUGAGUUCGAGUUGUGGGAUGCUGAGGCCACUUCUUUUAUUUUUGAUCUUCAAGUAUCGAACACUCGCGAUAUUCUCUAUGAAACUAAAGUUCAUCAGCUGGCUGAAGUUUGUGAGAAUCUUGAAGGUGAAACUGCACUGAAAGAUGAGGAAAUCGAAGAAAUGAAACAGAAGGCGAGUGCUAUGGAGGGAGAAAUCGAAGAUUUAAAAGCGCAAUUGCUUGCGUAUACUCCUGUUAUUGCUUCGUUGAAGGAGAAUAUAUCAUCUCUUGAACAUAAUGUUUUCACCAUGGCAGCUAAUCUUGUAUCCAACAACCGGAAAUCUGAGGUCGAGGAUGUGGAAAUGAAAGUUCAUCCUCAUCAUCAUGAUCAAAGUGAUUCCGAGUUCUUCACUGAGAAUCAAAAAUCACUCGAACCAAACGGAGUCUCAGAUUUGCUUGAGUUUCAGACGCGAAUUGCAGCCCUUGAAAAGGUAAUCGUGGAGGAUAUAAACGUAGUUGCAAGUCGGAAGAGCACAGAAAUCAACAUCAAAUCAAAUCCCGCAAAAACAGGGACCGAAGAAUCGAAAUCCAACGAAGAACAAAAACGCAACAAGGCAGAAAAGCUUCGUGGGAGACGUUAUCUGACUUUAGAUAAUCUUAACAUCACGAAAGCUAAACCCGAAAUCUCUGAAUCAAGAAAAGGGGUUCCGAUUAGAGAUAUCCCGCUGGAUCAAGCAUCAGAUGGAUCAUCAUCCGCAAACAGCAGAAGCAGGAGCCGAAGAGGGUAUCUGAGGAGCGACGAUAUGAUGAUCGAGCAACUGCAACUAGCCCACGAAGCGUAUGAAACCGAAAAGAAGUCGAGAAGACUACCAUACGAGCCACAGAUUGAAGAUCUCGGUGUCGACAAAUUGGAAGUACCAAAUCAAGAAUCCCAAAAAGGAAAGGUUUUGCACAGGCUCAAAUCCGAUGCGCAAAAGCUUGCAGAACUCGAGACUUCAGUGAAAGAUCUAACAACAAGAAUGGAUACCGUCAAAAAGAGUAAAAAACCAACCGGGGUCGAUUACGAGACAGUGAAAGAACAGUUAGAAGAAGCUGAAGAGACCAUCUUACAGCUGGUGAACGUGAACGUUGAAUCGACAGCCAGUAUCGAGAAAAACCCGAGUUUAGCAGCGUGGGUGGAGCAAGAAGAGACGUGGAAAAGCUCAGAGAAGAUCAAAAGGGUGCAACUGGAGGUUCAGAAGAUUCAGUAUGUGUUGCUUGCACUUGACGAAAAGAAAGGCAAAGGGAAGAGCCGGUUUUCAAGGACCAAAAGCGUGAUUAUGCGUGAUUUUAUUCGGCGUGGAAAAAGCAACAGCGGAAAAAGCAGACGGCGUCGUCUUUGUGGGUGCUUCACACCAUCUCAAACGAAAGGAGACCGCUUCACGCCGUCGCCAAUGAAAGGAGACCGCUUGCCGAUACGGCAUUAAAAUCUAACCCUGUUACUUCAGUGCUUGUUAUGGUAUUAUUGUUUGUGAAACGUUUAUGUUCUGUCUAGUACAUUUGUAUUUUGGUCGGAUUUGACUCUUUAUGUAGGUACUAAUUUGUAUUCGAAUAACUCUAAUGUUUGAUUAUGCGUUGUAUUUUCUCCUUAA